AUGACGGACAAGAUGACGAAAUACCUCGGUGCAGUGCCCGUCUUACUCUGUUUCUUGACUGCAGCAAUAUGUCUACACAUCCAACAAUGGCUCGGCCUCCCACUCCGCUGGAUCAACGCCACCUGGGCGAAAUCAUGGCAGAACUACAUCAAAGCCUCAACGGCCAUCCUCAUGAUCGGUCUGAACCAGUGGCGUGCACCUAUCACAGCGCACAUAAGCGGCGAUGCUAGCGUCGCAGGUCAGAUUCGAAAGGAUAAGAAUGGGAACGUGAUUUGUGAAUUUCCGAAGCGGAUGGUGCUUGUUGCGAAUCAUCAGAUUUACACCGACUGGCUAGCCCUCUGGUGGACCGCCUACACCACCUCUGCUCACGGGCACUUCCACGUGGUCCUCAAAGACGGCAUCCGCAGAAUCCCCAUCAUCGGCCACGGCCUCGUCUUCUUCUCCUGGAUCUUCCUGAGUCGGCGUUGGGAAACAGAUCAACGCCUCCUCCAAGAAAGCCUUUCUAACCUCUCCGACUAUCCUGGCUCAAAACAUCAAAAUCAGACACCGACGGCGAUGUGGUUGUUAAUCUUCCCGGAAGGCACGAAUUUGAGUAAAAGGUCCUCCGCGAUCAGUAAGAAGUGGGCGGAGAGCAGGGGUAUCAGAUCUCCGACUUUGACGCUUCUGCCGAGAGCGAGGGGGUUGCAGGCUUGUAUUGCCGGGUUAGCGGGGAGUGUGGACUGGUUGUACGACUGCACGAUCGCCUACGAGAAUUUACCACUAAACAAAGACAGCCAAGACAUCUACAACCUCCGCACCCUUUACCUCGACGGCCUCGCCGCCCCCCAAACCCACAUCUACUGGCGACGCUUCCACCUCUCUUCAAUCCCCUGGCAGGACUUCGAAACCUUUGAACAAUGGCUCAUAGACCGGUGGACGGAGAAGGAAGACCUACUGCGCCACUUCAACCAAACGGGCUCCUUCCCUUCCGCAGAGGGGUACGUGAAAACGGACAUCAGACUCAAUAGUCCGGUUGAAUUUCUGCAGAUCGGCACGAGCAUAUUCGCCAUGCUAGCAGCGUGGUGGAUUGGGAAAGGUUUGUACGGAGGGUUGGUGGGUGUAUAUACUCUAGCCGUCGGUAGAUAA